UGUCCAUCCCUAAAGCCAGCUGUGUUAGGUGCGCACAUGUUUGUUGUUCAUUCUAAAUUGUUUACAAAAUGAAGGUGAAAAUGAUAAGUCGCAACCCGGACAACUAUGUCCGGGAGACCAAACUGCAGCAGCACAAAAUACCCCGAAACUAUGACCCGGCCUUGCAUCCAUUGGAGGGCCCUAGAGAAUAUGUGCGGGCAUUGAAUGCCACCAAGUUGGAUCGAGUGUUUGCCAAGCCGUUUAUAUGCAACUUGAGUGGACAUCGCGAUGGCGUCGCCUGCUUUGGGAAACAUCCCAAAUUGCUGUCCACAAUGGCCACGGGCGCCUAUGAUGGCGAGGUGCGCAUCUGGGAUUUGGCUAAUCGCACCAGCAUGCGCAGCUUUGUGGCGCAUGAUGGAUUUGUGCGUGGUAUGGCCUAUGCGAAAAAUGGAAACUGUUUGUUUACAGUGGGCGAUGACAAGACAAUUAAAGUGUGGGCCUCAAAGCAGCCAGAAGAGGGCGAGGAAGAAUCGCCAGUCAACACUAUACUGAGUCGACAUUUACUACAUGGUAUAUCUCACAAUCGGAAGGAUAACAGCUUUGCCACCUGCGGUGAGGUCUGCGCUAUUUGGGAUGAAGAGCACAACGAUCCUAUAAAGACUCUCAAAUGGGGCGUGGACACGUUGCAUACUAUAUCAUAUAAUCCUGUGGAGACAAAUGUUUUAGCAUGCUGCGCCAGUGAUCGCAGCAUUAUACUCUACGAUCAACGUGAAGCUCAACCGCUGCGCAAGGUGGUGCUGACCAUGAAGAGCAACAAGCUUGCCUGGAAUCCCAUGGAAGCGUUCAACUUUACAGUCGCCAAUGAGGAUUGCAACUUGUACACAUUUGAUACGCGCAAGCUGUCGGCACCACUCAAGGUGCACUUUGAUCAUGUCUCCGCUGUGACGGACGUGGACUACUCGCCCACGGGCAAGGAGUUUGUUACGGCCAGCUAUGAUAAAACUGUACGCAUCUACCAUGCACAUCAAAGUCAUUCCCGUGACAUUUAUCACACCAAACGCAUGCAGCAUGUUGUCUGCAUUGCUUGGUCUCUGGAUAAUCGCUACAUAUUCUCUGGCUCCGAUGAAAUGAAUAUACGCAUGUGGAAGGCUAACGCCUCAGAGAAGUUGGGCGUUAUACGUCCACGUGAGCGAGCCAACUUUAACUACCAGGAGGCGAUUAAGGAAAAGUAUGCUGCACAUCCGCAAAUCAAACGCAUUGCACGUCAUCGCCAAGUGCCGCGUCAUGUGCUCAAUGCACAGCGGAAGAUGCGCGCCGUUAAGGAUAAGGAGCUGCUCAAGGAAGCCAAUGUGCGCAAGCACUCCAAGAAGGGCAAGGUGCCUUUUGUUAGCGAGAAGAAAAAGCAUGUGCUACGCCAAGAUGUUUAAUAGUUUGUAAGGACUAACAAUUAGUGUAAAAAACGAAAAUAAAAUUUGAAAUUCAUAUUUA